AGGCUGCAUUAAAGGCUUCUACGGCGAUAACUGUUCCUUGGCAUGUCCAGAGAAGUGCAAAGACGGGCAAUGCAAUCGUCUGAAUAGAACUUGUUUACAGUGUCACCCUGGUGGCCAUGGCCCUUAUUGUGACGAAGGUAAGUAAGAAAGAUGGAGGUGAAAUAUCUGGAAGGUACCACAAAUGACAUCCGAAUAAUUUAGUUUAAUAGGACCCGGGUCCGAAAAACGGUGAUGCGUUUCCGGUUCCAUUUGACUAAAUGAUAUUCGGGAAACCCCAUAGUUUUUUUUUUGUGUCAGAGAACGGAAGCAAUAAUGGUGCGCCCUGGAGUGGAGGAACGGGGAUUAAUUACCCCUAACUACGCUACAGAUCUGCCAUAUAAUUAUUUUGUUUGUUUGUUUUUUAAAUUGGUUUGGUGUGUAAUGUUAAGAAAUGAUUUUUGAGGUCACAACUAUUAUUAAUUUGUAUAUAUUGCAAUACGUAUAUAUGUAUAUUUAUAUAAAAAUAUUUCCCUUUUUUUUCUUUAGUUAUCCUAAAAAUAUUAAACUUAUAGACUAUAAUGGCCUCAUUUUGAAAUGCAUUUCUCUUUAAGGCAGCCUUUGUUAAGAACACUUCUUUUUCUUCUUCUUACAAUUUGCGCGGGUUGGAAGGGCACAUAAACAUCAAAGGUAAUAAGUUGGGCGUAGGGUAACAAAAUGGCUUAAGAAGCACUGACGUAGGGUUGUUAAAAUUUGUUAUGUAGAGCAACCCCCCCACUCCACUUAUUUUUCGCAGCUUUUUGGUUCAGUGAAAAGAAAUCAUUGUAUCGAAAAUUUCGUAUUAAGUACAGAAAAAAAGUACCUAUAGUACAUUUGAGUUGUGUUACCUAGAGAAUAAAAACACACAGCAAACGCAUGACGACAAAUACAAAUAUUGCGUUUAUUUCUUUGAGACUUUAAAAAAAAAGUAAUAUUUAAAUAUCAUGGAUUUCAGAGAUUUUGAGAUGACAGUUGGCUUUAAUAGAGAUAUUAGAGGGUCGAAUUUUCAGGAUAAUUAUUAAAUUUGCAUUCUUUCCGCAGAAUCUCCCCCCCCCCACCUACGACCCAGUACGCAUAAUCUUUAAUAUCAACCAACCGCCCACCUCAUCUGGAGCAGCGCGAAAGUAAUCAGUGCAUGUGCAUGCUUUUGAAGUUAAAAAAAAAUAGCGAUUAUUUCCUCUUCGUAAUAGUUAAUAUUCUUCCCGGCAUUUCUCACCGUAAAAAGCCAAAUGCAUUUGCGGACUUCCUCAUCUACCUGGGUUGGUGUUUAAGCCACAUCCGGACAAGUGCUGACAGGUUGAAAAUGGGGGGGGGGGCGGUGGGAGGUGUGAAAUAUUUAUUUUGUGCGGACAUCCGUUUUGGUUAGCCUCUAAUACUUUGUUAUUUCGUUACAGCCGUGACACUGUACCCGGAAAUUUCAGCGCGAGAUGAAAUUGCUAUUUUAUGCUUUGUACUGGGUGUUGGACUGAUCUGUAUUGUCUUACCACUGUGCGUGAAAUGCAUAUGCUGCAUGAUGAGAAGGAAACACAAAACAAAAUGUUCAGACAACCGCCAAGUUGCUGAUGCUCAGUGGGUGUAAGCAAUCUUGUUGUUGUUGUUUUUUUUUAAACACCAUUUCACAUCUAAAUAAAGAAAGCCAAAUAGCAAGCUUGAUGAUAUAAAUGAUCCUAGCAUUCCCAAUUUCCACAUUUAUUUUUUUAAUUUUAAAAAAAGGUAAAAAGUGACUCUAAAAACGAAAAAACAAACCAAAAAAACCAGGAGGUUAGAGUCUAUAUCUGGACAGUCUGUCAUAUAAACGUUAGAGUAUGCAUGAAAUUUAUGUUGUCUAUUUAAACCAUGAAUUAAAUCUUUCGCAUUUCUUUUUCUGGUCUUUAAAUACAAGCUAAGAAACCAAUGACUCACACCACUCUACAUUCAUAAACACACCCAUGAUGAAUUUUGAACCAUUUAUCAAAUCAAUUUAUUGAAGCAAAAAAAAAAAUUAUAAAAAAAGAAAAAUUUAAAAAAUUUAAUUAAGAAAAUUAACAUUUAUUUUCAGGAAAUGAUUUUAAACCUAUAAAAAAUUAUGACUAAGUUCAUAUUCGCUAAAAGAUAUUUAAUUUUUUUUAUAAAUUCAAAUAUAUUUCAUUUAUUUUUUUUAAUUUCAGUUACAAUUACCCGACUUCUUUACAAUAUCAGUGAAACCUACCAUUGUCUGUAUUGAGGACGUAAAGAAAAUAAUGGAGAUAUGAAGCCAUCACCGUUUGGAAAAGAAAUUGAUUCAGUAGAAAUUAUCAACA